CAUGAUCCGGAGGUCCCAGCAGAUUUAAGUUGAUUAACCGCAACCAGAUUGUACAUGGAAGAUCGUCAUCUUCAAGAUUCCGCUGUCGAGACCUAUUCACCGAUCUAUCAAAGCCAAAAACCGCCAAGGGAACACACUACACACACUAAAAGCUAGGACUACUAGGAAUGAGCAUCAGACUUGCAAAAAAUUCUUGAAUUUAUUAUUCUUUCCUUCCAGCCGCUAAUUCUUUCCUCUGUAGCAAUGUCAAUCUCUCUCUGCUUCACUCCAUCAUUCGCUAAACCUUCACAAACCCACAGAAAUUUUACCAUUUUUAAGCCUCUCAAGCCCAUCGAUUCCCCAAAAUCAAAUCUUUUACCCAAACAAAGCUUAGCUAUACCCAUUAUCAAGUGUGCUAGUGAAGAUUCCCUUAGCCUGCAGCCUGUGCGUGAGAAUCCAGAAAAGCCCGGAUGGGAAAAUGUAUUGUCCGCCUUAGCAAGCCUUUAUCCUGUCUACGUUACUGUUGGGGGGAUUAUUGCCUGCUUAAAGCCAUCGACUUUUUCAUGGUUUGUGGAGAAAGGUCCAGCUUCAUAUAGCUUGUCACUUGGGUUUAUUAUGCUGGCAAUGGGUCUUACUUUAGAGCUCAAAGAUUUGAUCAACUUGUUCAGGCAAAGACCCUUUUCUAUACUUUAUGGAUGUGCUGCUCAGUAUACCAUUAUGCCAGCCUUUGGAUGGAUAAUUAGCAAGUCUCUGGGGCUUCCACCAGUUAUGUCAGUUGGUUUAAUAUUGCUUGCUUGUUGCCCUGGUGGUACAGCUUCCAAUGUGGUGAGCUUGAUCGCUAUCUAUCCUCUUUGUCCUGUUCUACAAUGGUUGAAGAUCGGUGGUAUCAGAUAUAUGAUUUGCUUUGCUGUUGUAAGCUGCUUUUUUCAGGUUACCUUAAUUGCUCAAGGGGAUGUACCUUUGUCAGUUGUAAUGACAGUAUGCACAACUCUGGGAGCAGUGGUUCUUACUCCCCUGCUGACCAAGAUUCUAGCAGGAGCUUAUGUUUCUGUGGAUGCGGUUAAACUUUCCAUCAGCACUCUGCAGGUGGUGGUUGCUCCAAUCCUGCUAGGUUCCUCUAUGCAGAGUAUUUGGCCAGAUGCUGUGAAAUGCAUUACACCUUUUGCACCAUUGCUUGCUGUUUUAGCAUCAUCUUUGUUGGCUUGCAGUGUGUUCUCAGAAAAUGUCAUUCAUCUUAAAUCUUCAAUGGUUGGUGCUUCACCAUCAUCUGAUCUUCCUCUGCUUUCUCCUGUCCAUACAAUCCUCUCAAGUGAAUUAGGGAUUGUAAUUGUUUCUGUGCUGAUGCUGCAUUUUGCAGGUUUUUUUGUUGGUUAUCUGUCUGCUGCAAUUGGUGGAUUUGCAGAGCCUCAACGACGCGCCAUGUCAAUUGAGGUUGGAAUGCAAAAUUCCUCAUUAGGAGUGGUUUUAGCUACCUCCCAUUUUUCUUCUCCAAUGAUCGCAUUUCCCCCUGCAAUGUCGGCUGUAAUUAUGAAUAUCAUGGGUAGUACUUUGGGUUUCAUUUGGAGAUACAUAGAUCCUUCUGAUUCAAAGAAAAAUGUGAAGUUGCAGGAUGAUUGUAUGGUUAUUACGAGUUGCUAAAUCCAGCUCAUACAGAAGUUUCUGCAGCUUAAAAGUAACGAAAGUGCUUUAGAAAAUGGUUGUAUAAGCCUCUAAGGCAUAGGGAGACGUGGGGGUGCAUGAAAGCUGGGUCAUCCUGCCAAUUCUUUACCUUGAAAAAUAAAGGAUCAACAGCAAACUCGUUUGUGGUUCAGGACUGUCAUAUUAUUCUUACUUGUAAUGCUUAGUUUUUGUUGACUGGAUUGCCAUGUUUGGGUCAUUUAGUUAUUUGUAUGUUGCUCGAAAAACUUUUGUACAACCUUGAUGAGACCCUGUACAGCUUAUUCGGCGAUGGCCUUGAAUUUCAUCGAUCAAUUUCUCCGUC